AUGGGCAGUGAAGAGAUGCGUCAAGCUUUACUUGGCCACCUGGAAUUCACAAAACUCCUUACUCACAAACCCAAACUUGCCCUUGAGUUUGACUCCUUUCGAAGCACAGCCCUUCACUUAGCUUCUGCAGAAGGCCACAUCCACAUUGUGAAGGAGUUAUUGCAAGCUUGUGACCAUGCUUGCUUGAUCCCUGAUCAACAAGGUAGAAUUCCAUUGCAUUAUGCAGUUAUAAGAGGGAGAACAAAUAUCGUGUUCGAGCUAAUUAGUGCAAAGCCCGAAUCACUGUGGAUCCUUGAUGAGGGGAAAACUGUUUUCCACUUGUCUGUGAUGUACAGUCACUUGGAGAUUCUUAAAGCUUUGAUGGAUUUCGAUAUCGACGCUCGCAUGCUCCUCAGUUUGAGAGACUGGAUGAUAACACUAUUCUUGAUUUGGCUAAUCAUAAGGUUCCUCCUUUCAAUUCCAGCAAUAAGAGAAGCUGCAGGCGUGGAAAAUGAGACGGGUUUUACAGGUCACAAGAAAGUCUCCAAAAGCCUUUACAUGCAGCUCAUGUUGAUGAAAUCUGGCAUAAAAAAGAUUCAAGACAGCAAAAUGGAAAGUCCUCUGCACCCUCCACCUUCAACGACUAUCCCACAGAAGGGUUGGAGAAAGAUUAUAAAGAUCAUGGGACAUAACUAG